CAAUAAAAAAGCGACCCAUACGGACGCCAUAUUGACCAAAACAAAAUGGCAGAACAAGAGAAUAGUUGACCAAGUCUGCUGGCUUUCAUUGACAGACGCGUCCGGCGACACAAUAAAUCCGCAACAAACAACUAUUGCAUCUGCUUCUGUGAUCGUGGUGGUGGCUCACACACACACACACACACACACACACACACACCACUGAGUCACUAUGAUCAAGUUCCUGCUGAUGGUGAACAAACAGGGGCAGACUCGCCUGUCCAAGUAUUAUGAAGCAGUGGAUCUUGGGAAGAGAGCAGCUCUGGAGGCUGACGUGGUGCGUGGAUGUCUGGCCCGGAGGAAGGAAGAGUGUUCAUUUGUAGAGUAUAAGGAUUAUAAACUGGUCUAUCGCCAAUAUGCAGCUCUCUUCAUUGUUGUUGGCAUCACUGAAAAUGAGAAUGAACUCUCAAUCUAUGAGCUUGUACACAACUUUGUGGAGGUGCUAGACAAAUAUUUCAGCCGUGUGAGUGAGCUGGACAUCAUGUUUAAUUUAGACAAAGUACACAUUAUUCUUGAUGAAAUGAUCCUAAACGGACACAUCGUGGAGACCAAUAAGAACCGAGUACUGGCACCACUACUGGCCCUGGACAAGAUGACUGAAAGCUGAGCUGAUGUUAAAUUAUUGUUUUGCUACAAAUACAAAUAAAUGUGUUUUUCUGUGUGUCA